AUGUCGGGCGAUGCGCCCACUCCGGAGGACAAGGCUAGAUAUGAUGCAGCGCGAAAAGAGCUCAUGCAGGCAUUGACAAAGCGGCGCAACAUCGACAAGCAGCUGGCAGCACUGGAGGUGCAGAUAUACAACCUCGAGGCGUCAUAUCUGACAGAGACUGCCGCGCAUAGCGGAGGAAAUAUCAUACAUGGCUUUGAGGGUUAUCUCAAAAACCCCACGGGAGGCAGGAAGAAGUAUGAAGUCACCGACGCCGAUCGUAUGUUCUCUCAGAGCAGCGUGACAUACAGGAAGUCGCUCGAUCUUGCCGGAGAAGGCGAAGAGUCCGCCGCCACGGCGGACGACCAUUCUCGUAUGUCCACACCUGGCAUCACCACUGUCAUCCUCCCGCCAUCAACCAGACCACCAGAUCUCACCCCGGCACAGCACAAGAAGAACAGAGACAGAGAGUACCAACGGAAAAAGCGGGCUAGUGCGCGGAACGCUGGGACACCGAUGAGCGAGGACGAGAGUGUUUCAGGCUCUGGGAGGAGACCUUCGAAGAGGGCACGUUUGGGUGACGAAGACUGA